AUGCCCCGGCCUGGAGUGAAAAGCAGCACGGGGGAUAGAGAAAACCGAGGCGUGCAGCAGGCACCUGAUGGAAGAACGCGCUUCGAUGAGGAAAGCUUCCCAGCAGAAUCGCUUCUGGAGCGACCGUCUGCUUCGUGGGAGUGGGGACGGAGAGGGCUUUGCCUUGCUACCUUUGCAGACCGAGAGCUACAACUAAAAGCAAUGCUGUCCCCAUCAGAAAACAUGGCUUUACUGUCCAAAAAGCAGAGCAUCCCAGGCUCCGGUCACAAGUACUACCUGCACUUCACUACCGAGGACUACAAAAGCGGGGAAAAUGCCGGGAGCUGCCUCGCUACAGUGUUGUAUCCGAGGACGAAGUCUCCGCCUGUUGUCAAUAUCAAGUGCAUGCAUACCAAAGACCAGAAGCAAAUCCAAGAAGAGGACAACAGACUUUACCAAAAACUUAGGCACCAGACCAAACCAAUAAUUGGAAACAAUAUUCCAGACAGCUAUGGCAAUAUUGAGCCUGCCCUGGAGCCUGUCUGGGCCUUGGCUGUUGCUGGCAGCAGUUACAUCAUGUGGGAGAAGUCAACAGAGACCGUGGGUUACUUCAUGGCCCAAGUCAGGUCUGCGAGACAGUGGAUAAGGAAAGAUGAUUUCAUCGAGUUUGACUACACUGUCCUACUCCAUGAAACUCCAACACAGGAAAUUAUUUCAUGUCACAUGCGCCUCACUUGGCUUUCUGGUCACCCUCUGAAAGUGAAACACUUCUGUGCGUCGGAGAAUCAGGGGCUCGAAGAUGGCUCUGGGAUGGAGUCUGGAUCUGCUGCUGGGAUCUUACACGAAAGGGGAGCAAAUUUUUAA